GAGAAAAGCUGAUUGCGUAAUCACCGGACGAGACGUCACGUAUCCCACAAUCCUGUGCGACUUUCCCAGUGAACAGAAAUGGCGUCGAGGGCACCAGCGGCAACCAGCAGGCUCAUGGUGGGCUUCAGGAAGUGGUACUACAAUGCAUGCGGUUUCAACAAAUUUGGCUUGAUGCGGGAUGAUACCAUCAAUGAGGACACUGAUGUGAAAGAAGCCAUUCGUCGGCUCCCAGAACAAGUUUACAAUGACAGAAUGUUCCGUCUCAAGAGAGCUCUGGAUCUUUCAAUGAAACAACAGAUUCUUCCCAAGGACCAGUGGACUAAAUAUGAGGAGGAUGUGCAUUACCUUGAGCCCUAUCUGGAGGAGGUUAUGUGUGAAAGGAAGGAAAAAGAGGAGUGGGCAAAGAAGUAGGAUGAGUGCGAAGAGACUGAAGCUCCUCUUUGGUGUGAUGUCUGCUGUCUUGUAUUUAAGAGAAAAUGUAUAAUGUGAUGAGUCCCUAUACUUAUUAAAAUUUCCUUUCUGACAUAA